AUGGAUAAAUUUGGAUUUGUUUAUGUUUCUGAUUUGGAGAAACAUGAAGUGAGAAGAUGGAAAAUGGGAGAAAAGGGUGAAGGAACAUUAGUUGCUGGUGGAAAUGGAAAAGGAGAUCAACUCAAUCAGUUCGGCUGUCCAAAUUUUCUGUUUGUCAAUGGCGAACAAUCGAUUUAUAUUUCAGAUCGGGAUAAUCAUCGUGUGAUGAAAUGGAGAAAAGAUGCGCAGGAAGGAAUUGUUGUUGCUGGUGGAAAUGGAUGCGGAGACAAUCUGAAUCAAUUGAAUCAUCCUCAAGGAAUCAUUGUCGAUCAUGAGGGUCAAAUUUAUGUUGCAGAUUGUCAGAAUUAUCGAAUAAUGCGAUGGUGUGAAGGAGAUGAAGAAGGUGAAAUAAUUGUUGGUGGAAAUGGACUAGGAGAUGAACCUAAUCAAUUGUCUUGUCCUUUUGGUUUAUCAUUUGAUGGUGAAGGAAAUCUUUAUGUUGGUGAUCAUGAAAAUAAUCGAAUUCAACGAUUUGAUUUGAUCAUUUGA